AUUGAGAAGAUUCAGAAGCAAAUUUGAUAAUUUUCAUGAACUCCCAGCUGUUUGGGAGGUUCUGAUAAGCUCUGCCUGAUAAGGCGACUAAUUGCCUGAUCGCAAAAUCGUGGCCUCGCACUGUAGAUCGUCAAGAGCUAUCAAGUGACGAAUAGGCGGGCGACAAAUCAAUAAAUUGCGUCGUCGGCACGCAUUGUUGGGAUUAAACAGAGAAGCUUCGCGGUGGCCUCAGAGGCGGCUGAUUGGAAGCGCCGCAGUUGCGUCUACUUUUCGGUCGCGUGCGCCCAAAAAGUCCAUUGAUUUUCUUUUUUCCUCGGAGUGCGUGAAUCUUGGACUGUAGUGGUGAAUGAGAGUGAAAUAGUGGGGAGCGUAGACCCGAUGUGAACCACACAAGAAGAAAUCAUCGUCAGUCUUGUGGCGAAACGCGAAUUGUCCAUGCCUGUGUGCUCAAGCUGAGGCAUAUAAUUAAUAAGGGGUUUUUAUAGAGAAAAAAAAACGUCAAGUGGUUUGGCAUUUGGCAUUGAAAUCAGCGACGCUUUUAUCUGUGUGCGCAUGUGUAAGUGAUAUUGGCGUGAAAUAAAAUGUCGAAUAUUGGCUGGAACUUCAACGCGGGUGGCGCCGAGCGGCCCAUUCAGCCCACCCCACCGCCUCCCCUGCCGCCUGCCCAUCAGAACAUCGUCCCGACCAUCGUCGCGCAUCCCACGAGCCAGGCGCCGCCGUCGUACAACUCCAUCUACCCUCAAGUCCCGACUGCCAUGCCGCCCAGCGCGCCCUACAGCGCUCCGCCCGUCACGCACGUCCUGCAGCCGCAGCAGAACAUCCAGACGCCGGGCCCCGGAACUUCGUCGACGUUCAGCAACGUCCUGGGCAACUUGUCCCAGAUGCAGAACAUGCUUCCGCAGCAGCUGCAGAACGCUGUGCCCGUGCUGAACGACGUCCAAUCGACCAUCAACCACGUGGCGAGCGGCUUCAGCGGCAAUCCAUACUGGCGGCCGGCCAGCGAGGGGCAGUUGCCGCCGGGAGCCGUGAUCGGCGGCCACGAAAUUGGGGGAGAGAAGCUCUACGUCGCUCGUGCCCGAUACGGCGGAGCAUUGAUCCCGGGAAAGUUGGUGCCCUCUCAUCGCUGCGCCUACGUGUCCUGGGGCGGUCGCGAGCACUCCGUGAAGCACUACGAGGUCCUCUGCAACAUCUCCGGACGCUGGAUCUCCGGCUCCAGAGGCACCGUCCCCGCCCACGCGCUGCCGGGCGGAACCAGCGAGCAGGGCGAGACGCUCUACAUCGGCCGCGCGAAUCACAAAGGCACGCAGACCAUCGGCAAACUGCAGCCGUCGCACAAGCUGUGCUACAUUCCGUACGCCGGCAAGGAGAUCGGCAUGAGGUCCUACGAAGUCUUCGUGCCCAACAACUAACUUUACAUACAAUUUUAAUCAACUUAUCCCACAGACGUUACAAUUCUUAGAUCGAAUGUACAAUAUUUUGGAAAUCAACUGUUCAAGUUUAUACGCGUGUAAAUUUUUUUUUAUAUCUCUUUGUCCAAAAGAAUCAAACGAUAUAUAUAUAUUUUUUGUAUAACUGUUCGAUGUUGACGAAAUGUUUAUGAGAAAACUACUCAAUGUAGAAAUAAAGUGGCUUCACUAUAA